AUGGCUGCGUGCGCCUAUCUAUUGUUUCCUAUUCAGCUUGAGCUAGUUCUAACCCCUGAGUUAAAUAACCUUAGUUGUUGGCUGAAAGCUAACAAGCUAAGUCUAAAUGUUGCUAAAACAGAGUUAAUAAUUAUUGGAUCAAGACAAAGACUAUCUGCCCAAUGUGACGACUUAGAAAUUAGAAUUGAUGACCAAAUUAUCAAGAGAGUCGGCAAGACCAAAUCUCUGGGUGUUAUCACAGCUGCUCAACUCACUUUGGGUAACCACGUUGAAGAGAUUUACAAGAAAGUCUCUUCAGGAAUAGGCGCCCUAAAACGUGUGCGGCCCUUUAUAUCCAAAGAAACUGCAAUUCAAAUUUAUGACGCUUUAAUUAUACCUCAUUUCGAUUCCAGCAGCCCCGUCUGGGACUGUUUGAGUGGUUACUUGAAUGAUAAGCUCCAAAAAUUACAGAAUCGUGCAGCCAGAAUUAUUACUAAAUCACCCUUUGAUACGAACUCAAACCACCUUCUCUCCACCCUCGACUGGGAGAGGCUAUCUCUUCGACGAAAGAAACAAAAAGCCUUAAUGAUGUAUGAAACCAUGAACAACCUUGCUCCCGAAUAUCUACAAAGUCUUUUCUAUCAGCGUCACUCUCCUUACAACGUAAGAAACUCUGAGGGAAGGCUGACCCUGUCUAAACCAAAAACCAAUGAUUUAAAACCUGGUUACUCUUACAGCGGGGCCAUAUUAUGGAAUAAAUUGCCCAAAAACUUAAAAAAAUGCUUCAUCCGUUGAGCAUUUUAGG